AGCUGCGGGAGGGGCUAAGCCCAGGAGGAGAAACCCCGACUGCAAAGGGAACCGGAAGUGGGGGCAGAGGCCGGAGCGGCUGCAAGAAACGAAACUGAAAGCAGGAAAAGGGGGGAGUCCCGAGAGGAUGGGGAAAGGGGGCAAGCGGCGGGGAGACUGGGCCAGUCGCAUCCUUCCCUCUCCCUGCGCCGGGCGCAGGACUGGGGCGGGGCGCUGCGGGGCACCUGGGACCUCCGAGACCCUGGGACGCAAACGCAGAGGCGGGCGAGCGCACCGAGCUCGCCACCCGCACGCAGAACCCCUGCCCGCAGUCGCCCCGGCGCCCGGGCAUGGACCUGUACCGCACCCCCGCCGCCGCGCUGGACGGCCUGGUGACCAGCAGCCUGCAGCCGACUGCGGAGUUCGUGGGGACGGCGCGGCGCGCUCUGGGGGCCCUGGGCGCGGUCCUGAGAGAGCGUGGGGGCCGCCCUGCUGCCGGGGGAGCUGCUGCCCCACCGUGGCGGGUACUUAAAAUCACCAAGGGAGGCUCCUUUGGCCGGGGCACAGCUCUGAGGGGUGGCUGUGAUUCCGAACUUGUCGUCUUCCUCAACUGCUUCCGGAGCUAUGAGGACCAGCGUGCUCGGCACGGAGAGAUCCUCAGGGAGAUGAGGGUGCUGCUGGAAUCCUCAUGGCAGAACCUGGUCCCUGGCUUGAGCCUUGAGUUUCUCCAGCGGGACACGCCUGGGGCCCUCCAGUUCCGACUGGCAUCCCCAGACCUGGACGACUGGAUGGACGUGAGCGUGGUGCCCGCCUUUGACGCUCUGGGGCAGCUCAGCUCCCACGUCAAACCCCAGCCCCAGGUCUACGCCACCCUCCUCAACAGCGGCUGCCAGGAGGGCGAGCACGCAGCCUGCUUCGCAGAGCUGCGGAGGAACUUCGUGAACACCCGCCCGGCCAAGCUGAAGAACCUGAUCCUGCUGGUGAAGCACUGGUACCGCCAGGUGCGCCCACAGAAGGGGAGCAGGAAGAUGCCCCCAGCCUAUGCCCUGGAGCUGCUGACCAUCUUCGCCUGGGAGAAGGGCUGUGGGAAGGAUGCCUUCAGCCUGGCCCAAGGCCUCCAGACGGUCCUGGGCCUGAUCCAGCAGUAUCGGCACCUGUGUGUUUUCUGGACCACCAACUACGGCUUCGAGGACCCUGCCGUUAAGGAGUUCUUGCUUCGCCAGCUUGAGAGACCCAGGCCUGUGAUCCUGGACCCGGCCGACCCGACGUGGGACGUGGGGAAUGGGGCAGCCUGGGCCUGGGAUCUGCUGGCGCGAGAGGCGGAGUCCUGCUGUGACCGCUCGUGUUUUCUGCAGGCUGUAGGGGGCGCUGUGAAGCCCUGGGAGGUGCCAGGCCUUCCACUUCCUGGGCGCUCAGGUUUGGACCUCCGCAUCCUGCAAGACCCCGCCCAGGAGACCUCCAAGGUCAGCAGCGGCCUCAGCCUCGGCGCUGUCUGUCCAGGGGCAGGGAACCGGCGGCCCUUCUUCCCAGCCCCCGUCUUCUCCGCGGUGGCCAGCAUCGCCCCCUCUGCACCGGAUCUGUCCCAGAUCCCCAGCAGGGAGCUGGACCUCUUCAUCCAGGACCACCUCAAGCCACACACCCUGUUCCAGAGGCAGGCGAGCAAGGCCAUCGAUGCCAUCCUGGGCUGCCUCCGUGAGAAGUGUGUCCACAAGGUCUCCAGGGUCAGCAAGGGGGGCUCAUUCGGCAGGGGCACAGACCUCAGGGGUGGCUGCGACGCCGAACUUGUCAUCUUCCUCACCUGCUUCGAGAACUACCAGGACCAGGGCCCCCGCCUUGCAGAGAUUCUUGACGAUAUGCGGGCACAGCUGGAAUCCUGGUGGCAGGACCCCGUCCCCAGCCUGACCCUCAGUUUCCCAGAGCAGACCGUGGCCGAGGCUCUGCAGUUCCAGCUCGUGUCGCCGGCCCUAGAGAGCUGGAUGGAUGUCAGCCUGCUGCCCGUCUUUGAUGCCGUGGGGCAGCUCAGCUCUGGCACCAAACCUGACCCCCAGGUCUACUGCACCCUUCUGGGCAGCGGCUGCCAGGAGGGCGAGCACGCAGCCUGCUUCGCAGAGCUGCGGAGGAACUUCGUGAACACCCGCCCAGUCAAGCUGAAGAACCUGAUCCUGCUGGUGAAGCACUGGUACCGCCAGGUUGCCGCCCAGAACAGAGGGGAAUGGCCAGCCUGUGCCCCCCUGCCCCCAGCCUACGCCCUGGAGCUCCUGACCAUCUUCGCCUGGGAGCAGGGCAGCGGGGAGCACCGAUUCCACAUGGCCGAAGGCCUGAGGACCGUCCUGGGGCUUGUCCAGCAGCACCAGCAGCUCCGUGUCUUCUGGACAGUCAACUACAGCUUUGAGGACCCAGCGCUCAGAAGGCACCUCCUGGGCCAGCUUCAGAAGCCCAGGCCCCUGAUCCUGGACCCUGCCGACCCCACCUGGAAUGUGGGCCGGGGCAGCUGGGAGCUGCUGGCCCAGGAAGCGGCCGCCCUGGAGAAGCAGGCCUGCCUCAUGGGUAGAGACGGGGCACCAGUGCAGCCCUGGGAUGUGAUGCCCGCUCUCCUUCGCCAGACUCCAGCCAGGGACCUCGACAGGUUCAUCAGUGACUUUCUCCAGCCCGACCGCCAGUUCCUGGGUCAAGUGCACAAGGCUGUCGAUACCAUCUGCUCAUUCCUGAGGGAAAACUGCUUCCAGAAUCUUCCCAUCAAAGUGCUCAAGGUGGUCAAGGGCGGCUCUUCGGCCAAAGGAACCGCGCUGCAAGGCCACUCCGAUGCCGACCUGGUGGUGUUCCUCAGCUGCUUCCACCAGUUCGCCGAUCAGGGGAGCAGGCGGGCCGAGAUCGUGUCGGAGAUCCGAGCGCAGCUGGAGAGAUGCAAGCAGGAGCAGCAGUUUGAAGUCAAGUUCGAGAUCUCCAGGUGGGAGAAUCCCCGCGUGCUGAGCUUCUCGCUGGCGUCGCAGACGAUGCCGGACCAGAGUGUGGACUUUGAUGUGCUGCCGGCCUUUGAUGCCCUAGGCCAGCUGGGCUCCGGCUGCAGGCCCCACCCUCGCGUCUACGUGGACCUCAUCCGCAGCUGCAGCAACGCGGGCGAGUACUCCUGCUGCUUCACGGAGCUGCAGCGGGACUUCAUCGUCUCCCGCCCCACCAAGCUGAAGAGCCUGAUCCGACUGGUGAAGCACUGGUACCGCCAGUGCACCAAGAAGCACAAGGGGAAAGGCUCCCUGCCCCCGCAGCACGGGCUGGAGCUCCUGGCAGUGUACGCCUGGGAGCAGGGUGGGCAGGACCCCCGGUUCAACAUGGCCGAGGGCUUUCGCACCGUCCUGGAGCUGGUCACCCAGUACCGCCAGCUCUGCGUCUACUGGACCAUCAACUAUGACUGCGAGGACGAGACCAUCAGAGACUUCCUGAGGAUGCAGCUUCAGAAGGCUAGGCCCAUCAUCCUGGAUCCGGCUGACCCGACGGGCAUCCUGGGCCACAGUGCGCGCUGGGACCUGCUGGCGGAGGAAGCUGCCGCCUACAUAUCUGCCCCGUGCUGCCUGGACAGAGACGGUACCCCCAUCCUGCCGUGGCCAGUGAAGUUUGCACACCUUAAUGCCAUGCCCUACAUGCCCUCCUGGAUUUUCACUGAGUUCCUGUCAUGUCUCCUGCCCAGCUACGGUGCCACCAGUGGGAUCCUCCACCCCCAGAGCCUCAACGGGAGUCAGUGCCCCCAUGCCAGUGCCCAGCCAGCUUCCUUCCGCCCUCCCUCGCAAACCCACCCGGUCUGUGCAGGAGUUUCGCUUUCCUGGCUCUUGGGCAUUUCAGCAUCCAGGCUCUCAGCCCAGAGCCCAGAGCUGCUCUUUCUCCUCUGCUUGCUGCUCUGCCGUACGCUGUCGCCUCAGCAGCCAGCGAGAACGAUGGGAAGCUGGUUCUCCAGUGCCUGCCCGACGCCCGUGGACUCAGUGCCUGCACAGAGCCUGGUCCAGCACAUCCAGACCUUCCUGAGACCCCCUGACGACUGUCAGAGACGGAUCGACGUAGCCGUGGCCGCCAUCUGUGCCGCCCUGCAGGACGCCAGGGAGCUCCCCACGGUGACAGGUGUAGCCAUGGGUGGCUCCUAUGGCCGAAAAACAGUCUUAAGGGGCAACUCCGACGGCACCCUUGUCGUCUUCGUCAGCGACCUGGGACAGUUCCAGGAUCUGAAGAGGAAAAACCAACAUGAAAUCCUCAACAAAAUCUUCCAGCGGCUGAAAGCCUCCCAGCUCGAGAGGCGGCUAGAGGCGAAGAUGGAGAUCAAGGGGUCCUAUGGGGGGCUCACCAUCCAGCUGUCCACAGAAGGGCAGAGCGUCACUUUGGACGUGCUGCCCGCCUUCGAUGCUGUGGCCUUAAGCGACAAGCCCAGCCCCUGGACCUACCGAGACCUCAAAAGAGCCCUGGACAUGACCCAAGCCAGCCCCGGUGAGUUCUCAGUCUGCUUCACAAAACUCCAGCAGAAUUUCUUUAACCACCAUCCCAGGAAGCUGAAGGAUUUGAUCCUCUUGGUAAAGGCCUGGUAUCAACAGUGCCAGAACAAGCUGAAGGAUGCACCCCUGCCAUCCUGGUAUGCUCUGGAGCUGCUCGUGGUCUAUGCCUGGGAGCAGGGGUGCGGGGCAGAAAACUUCGAUCUUGUUGAAGGCGUCAGAACGGUCCUGGAGCUAAUCAAGCGGCCAGAGGAGCUGUGUGUCUACUGGACGAUCAACUACAGCUUUGAGGAUGUGACCGUCCGGAACGUCAUCCUGAGGCAGCUCCGAUCCCCAAGGCCAGUCAUCUUGGAUCCAACCGACCCGACCAAUAACGUGGCCAAAGACAAGACGUGCUGGCAGCUGCUAAAAGAAGAAGCUCAACUCUGGCUGUCUUCUCCCAGCCUGAAAGAGUCACCCGGACCAUCUUGGAAUGUUCUGCCAACACCCCUUCACGAGACCCCGGGCCACCGUCUGGAUGCGUUCAUCAAGAGCUUUCUGCAGCCCAACCAGACUUUCCUAGAUCAGGUGAACAGUGCCGUUGACAUCAUCUGUACAUUCUUCAAGGAACAAUGCUUUCGGCAUUCAACUACCAAGGUUCAGAAGUGUGUCAAGGGGGGGUCGACCAGCAAAGGCACGGCUCUGAAGACGGGCUCCGACGCGGACAUCGUCCUGUUCAUCAACUCGCUGCGGAGCUACGCCUCCCAAAAAAACGAGAGAAGCAACAUCGUCCGGGAAAUCCGAAAACAGCUGGAAGCCUUUCAGCAGCGAGAAGCCCGCGAGCUGAAGUUCCAAGUGAAGUUUGAGAUUUCAAAAUGGGAUGCCCCCAGGGUGCUGAGCUUCUCCCUCAAGUCCAAAGACCUCAGCGACAGCGUUGACUUCGACGUGCUGCCGGCAUACGACGCGCUAGGUCAAGUGCAAGCUGGCUUUAGACCACCCCCCAGGGUCUACACUGAGCUCAUCUCUGUGUAUAAAAGCUCUCACAUCGGGGGAGAAUUUUCGACCUGUUUCACGGAGCUGCAGCGUAACUUCGUUGUCUCCAAGCCCACCAAGCUGAAGGACUUAAUCCGCCUGAUAAAGCACUGGUACAAACAGUGCGCAAGGAAACUGAAAGGAAAGGGGUCUCUGCCCCCGAAGUACGCCUUGGAGCUGCUCACCAUCUACGCCUGGGAGCACGGCAGUGGGGCGCUGGAUUUCGACAUGGCCGAGGGUUUCCGGACGGUCCUGGAGUUGGUCACGCGGUAUCAGCAGCUCUGCAUCUUCUGGACGGUCAAUUACAGCUUUGAGAAUGAGGUUGUGAAGGACCUCCUACUGACCCAGAUCCAGAAAACCAGGCCUGUGAUCUUGGACCCAGCCGAUCCUACUGGCGACGUGGGCGGAGGGCACGGUCGGUGCUGGUGUCUUCUAGCGCAAGAAGCUGACGAGUGGCUGUCCUCUUCUCUGUGUUUCAAAGACGGGGCUGGGGCUCCCGUGCGGUCGUGGGAGGUGCCGGCAGUGCAGACACCAGGAAGCUGCGGGGUCAACAUACAUCCUAUUGUCAAUGAGAUGUUCUCAUUGAGAAUUCAUGGCAUCCUACCCUGAAAAUGCUAGGGCCUUCUAGAGGUCGCCUGGCAGUUGCUUUUGAAGAACGCACUCGCUGCAUGGAAGUGUAUCCCAGACCGAUUCCUGCCCACAGCUCCUUCCCUCGCGUCUCCGAACCCUCUUCAGGUUGAGACCGCCACGUCCUUCUCAUACAGUCCCUCAAACUCCCUGAGAGACCCUUGUUA